AUGAGCUUUGGGUUUGGUAUCGGGGACUUCCUCGCAAUUAUCCAACUCGCCAACAAGACUCGAAAAGCGUUUGUCGAUGCACCAGCUCAAUUUAAGAGCAUUUCCGAUGAAGUCAGAAGCCUCUCUCUUGUACUGCAAGAUGUAGAGAUCGACAUAUCCGCGAAGGAGCUUAGCAGUCAGCAACAGGCUGAGCUACAGGAGAUAUCAACUGGUUGCAACGAGGUCCUUGCCGAUACUUUGAAGAAAAUUGAGGACUACACAGAGUUGUCCACUAGAAAUGAUGCAAAACGAAACAUCGCGAAGCGGGUGUGGAAACGCUUGAAAUGGGAACCAAGCGACGUCCAAGAACUUCGCCUUCUAAUCGGCACUAAUAUCGCACUCCUGACAGCAUUCAAUGGCCAAAUAUUGAAACGCAGUGUGGCAAAACUGGUGCAGCAUCAAGACGAGGCAGAGCGCCAGAAAGUCCUUGAUUGGCUCUCACCAUUAAGCUACGCGGCCCAACAAAGUGAUUACAUUAGUCGACGCGAGGAAGGUACUGGACAGUGGUUCCUGGACUCAUCUGAGUUCAAAGAGUGGGUCUCCGGUUCAAAACAAACGCUCUUCUGUCCUGGUAUUCCAGGUGCCGGGAAAACAAUUCUAGCAUCUAUCGUGAUUGAUGAGCUCCACGAUCGAUUUGGAAAUGCAGGCGAUGACAUUGCUAUUGCGUAUAUUUACUGCAGUUUCAAGCGACACGAUGAGCAAAGCGCUAUUGGAUUGUUAUCAAGUCUCUUGAAACAAUUGGCUCAGUCACAGUCAUCGUUGCCUAGUAGCAUCCAAGAGAUGUAUGCUAAACAUGUAGCGAAAGAAACAAGACCUUCAAUGGGCGAAAUAUCCGAGUCCAUCCAAUUACUAUCACAACCUGGCAACUUUGAAAAGGUCUAUAUAGUAAUCGACGCUUUGGAUGAGUGUCGGACGUAUGAUGGAUCCCGAACAAAACUCUUGGAUGCAAUUUUCAAACUUCAAGGUGCUCGCAACAUACACUUCCUCGCUACUUCCCGGGUUAUCCCUGAAAUACAGGAAAUAUUUGAAGAAACCCCAACCCUUGAGAUUCGUGCUAGCACGGUAGAUGUCAUGCGAUAUCUGCAAGGAAACUUGGAAAUGCUCCCAACAUUUGUUUCACGAAAUCCGGAAUUGCAAAUGGAGAUUUCAACGAAGAUAAGUGGAGCUGUUGAUGGAAUGUUUCUACUCGCCCAGCUAUACCUGAACUCCUUGGUCGGGAAAAGAUCACCUAAAGCAAUCAGAUCCGCGCUAAAAGACAUAUCCUCUGGUACAAAGCAAUACGAUUCCGCCUAUGGCGAUGCUAUGAAGCGAAUUCAAGGGCAAAUAUCCGAUGAAACAGAACUGGCCAUGCAAGUCCUUACAUGGAUCACCUGUGCCAAAAGACCGCUCACUACGCUGGAGCUGCAAAUUGCACUAGCAGUCGAAAUAGACGAGUCGGAUUUUGACAAGAACAAUAUCUCCGAUCUAACUCAAAUAGUCUCAGUCUGUGCAGGCCUAGUGACAAUCGAUGAACAAAGCGAUGUCAUUCGACUAGUGCAUUAUACAACCCAGGAAUUCUUCGAGCGCAAUCAAUCAAUUUGGUUCCCAAAGGCAAACCACUAUAUUGGAAGCAUCUGCGUGGCUUAUUUGUCAUAUGAUACUUUCAAAACAGGACAUUGCCGAACAGACGCAGACUUUUUAUCACGCCUCGAUGACCAUCCUUUUGGACUUUAUGCAGCGGAUUUCUGGGGCAGUCAUAUGCGAGAGCGCGAGGUAGACGGGGAACAACAUAUAAGCGAUCAAGCAAUCAUUGAACUGCUGCUAGACAUACCGAAAGUCAAUUCCUGUGUGCAAUUCAUGGUAUAUCGUCGUCCCCAUUCUUCCAACAACACGUAUUUUAGAGGAGGGGAUUUGUGUUAUCGUUAUCUCCUAUAUACCUCGCAUUUUGCUACAGGUCUGCAUCUUGCAGUUUACUUCGAAUUGCUUGAUAUGACCCAAAAGUUGAUUUCACUUGGGGGUUCAGUGGACUGCGUGGAUGGCCUUGGAAAAACACCUUUGGCAUGGGCAGCAGAGCAUAAUCGCCUAGGUCCUAUAACAUUACUCCUAGCAAAUGGCGCAGAUCCAAACAUGAAAGACACCCUAGACAGGACACCCCUAUUUUGGGCAGCUAUGUUUGGCCACGAACAAGCGGUGCAGUUACUGCUCGAAGCAAACUGUGAUUGGCUGUCUAGUGAUGACCAGGGUGAGUCAUCACUUCAUGCUUCGGCCAUGAACGGAUCGGAGAAGAUUACCCGUCUUCUUGUACAGAAAGGGCUCACACAGUCGACGGAUAUGUGGGGCAACAAUCUAUUGGUUGAGGCCGCUCUACGGGGUGAUUUAAAACUUGUGAAGCUUUUGCUUGACUGGGAUCCGGAUAUCGACCCACAAGAUAUUGGAUUGAAUGCCUCACUCCAAGCUGCAGCAAUGCUUAAGGGGAACGAGGAAAUUGUUCAGUAUCUCCUGAAUAGGGGCGCUGACCCUAAUUAUAUUGAUUAUCUUGAAAUAACGCCACUUAUGCACGCAUCAACAUCAGGCAGCGUGUCGAUAGUACAAAUCUUACUGAAGUGUGGUGUUGAUUUGGAAAGGAAAGACCAUAGUGGGAAGACUGCACUUAAUCGCGCAGCAGGGAGGUGGGGUUCAAAGGAAAUAGUUCAGCUCCUCCUAGAGAAUGGCGCUGAUAUUAACUCCGAGGAUAACAGUGGUCAUAGUGCACUUUUUUCUGCAACCUUCCAGAACCGUUACGAGACUCUGCUUGUUCUUCUUACUUAUACCAAGAUCAAGAUCUCUCCCGAUCGGUAUGGCCGAACACUUCUACAUGUUGCUGCAAUCCGCGGCCAUUUAGAGUCAGUCCUUAUACUGCUCAAAUUUGAUGCUAUUGAUUGCGAAGCUCAAGAUAAGUUUGGUCGCACAGCACUAUCAGACGCUAUCAUGCGAAACAGAUUUGAUGUUGUGAAAGUCCUAGAGACAUUUUCCGAGACAAGCUCCCAAGUGACAGUUAAGUCAGUGGUUAAAGCCAGCUCUUAA